AUGGCAUUAACUGGUAUAAAGGUCAUUGAACUAUCAGGCCUGGCUCCAGCACCCUUUGCUGGCAUGAUACUAAGUGACUUUGGUGCUAAAGUGAUUCGUGUGGAUCGUGUCCAACAAAUGAUGACAGUUGAUCGUCUUGCAAGAGGAAAGUUGUCUGUAGCACUAAAUUUAAAGAAGCCAGCUGGAGUGGAAGUAUUGCACAAGAUGUGUAAAACUGCUGAUGUUCUCAUUGAGCCUUACAGACCUGGUGUGAUGGAAAAAAUGGGUCUAGGACCUCAGAUUCUGAUGAAAUCAAACCCAGGACUGAUCUAUGCAAGGAUGACAGGAUUUGGACAAGCAGGUGCUUUUAAAAGAAUGGCUGGACAUGAUAUCAACUACCUUGCUUUAACAGGUAUUCUGUCGUUGCUUGGUAGAAAAGGUGAAAAUCCAAUUGCACCAAUCAAUCUUUUAUGUGAUUUUGCUGGUGGUGGUUUGAUGUGCUCUCUUGGAAUUGUUAUGGCUCUCUUAGAAAAGACAAGGUCUGGGAAAGGACAGAUCAUUGAUGCAAACAUGGUUGAAGGUGCUGCCUAUUUGGGGUCAUGGAUGUGGACUUCUCGUGACCUUGGUUUUUCUAACAGGGAGCGUGGGGAAAACUUACUGGACACUGGUGCUCCAUUCUAUGAAACCUACAAAACUGCUGAUAACAGGUAUAUGGCAGUCGGUGCAAUAGAACCACAGUUUUACAGUCAACUUUUGAAAGGACUUGACAUUGAUGAAGAUGAGUUACCAGAUCAACAAAGCCAGGAUGACUGGCCUGUCAUGAAACGUCACUUUGCCAGGAUCUUUGCCAAGAAAACACAAGAUGAAUGGUGCCAGAUAUUUGAUGGCACAGAUGCAUGCGUCACACCCGUCCUGUCUCUAGAUGAGGCACCACAACAUCCUCAUAAUCGAGAGAGGCAGUCAUUUCUGACCAACACAAAGGGUGAGAGGGAGCCUGCCCCUGCACCAGUUCUUUCCCGAACACCAGCUAAAGUUCGCAAGAUGUGUCAACCGGUAAUUGGCUUAGAUACUGCUACUGUGCUCCAUGAAAUUGGUUACUCAGCUGAAGAUAUAAAAGUAUUUGAAAGAGACAAUGUUAUUGAACUUGCCCAACUGAAAUCUCAAUUAUGAAAUAUCUAGAGUUUUUGAAUAGUUUUGAAUUCUUAUACAGUUAUGUUAUACAUUAAACAUUCACAAGAUAAAUUGGUUAACUGGUGACAAUCAAUGAUGGAAGUCGAUUACAGAAUUUGGGUUUGAGGUGCAACGUAGGAGUGCCAAGUACAUGUUAUCAAAAAGAAUACAAAACAGUAUUGUGUACUAAUUACGGAUUGGUUGAAUUUUAACACCAUGUAUUUUGGUAUUUAUUACCUAAAGUAAUACACAAAAAAGAGCAAUAAUCUACAUUAACUUAACUGAAAUUAAAAUACAUAUUUUAUUGAGUAUAUUGAUAGGAUUUCUUUUGCAUAUAAAUUUACUUCAGUAUAUUACUGCAAUUUAUUAAAUAUAAUGUAUUGUUUACCUUUUUAUUAAUUUGAAUUAGUACCCACAUACAGUACUUCAGUAAAUUUUAAUAUAGUAUGACUACAUUCAUUUCUUAUUUAUGUAAUUCUAUAUCAAUAUAUCAAAUUGUCUGAAAAAAUAUUAUAUGAUGAUCUAACUGACUGAAAUAUAAUAUGUCAAGUAAUUAUAUGUGCAAAGUUUUUCCUUCUAAUGAAUAUUUAAUAUUAAAUCUAUUAAACAUGUUGAACAACCAAAUUAUUUGCAGUAUAAUGCCUGCUUGCCAAAAGACGGCAAAUUAAAGUGAUUAAAAUUUGAAUCGUAAUUCGUAAUUUGAACUGCCAGUGGCGGAUCCAGGAAUCCGAAAUAGAGAGUUCCAACAGGGAGGGACUUUCACAGAUGGAGGGUCUAGAUCAGCCUUUCCACAGUUGUGACUGAGGUAAGAAAAUUUAUGAUUAUGAUUUUAAUAUAAUUUUCUUUUUUAUUUCUCCAAGUUGGGGGUGCAACACCCACUUCCCCACCCCACCCCCUCCCCCUUGAAUCCGCCACUGACUGCAAUUCAAAACGCAUUGUAUCAGGCCCACAUGGCAUUCCAUAAAUUGUGUUUGAUACAUCCAUAAACAAAAAUUAAUGAUCUUCCACACUAACCUCCAUGCUCAAAGUAUGCUAAUUGGUAUUGUUCUAGGCAUUUCAUUGUUUAUUUUUGACCUGGUCUACAGUAAUAACAUUCAUAAUGCAAGGAAUAAACUUACAAACUCAAAAAUGGCAAAUUUCACUUUAAUCAUACAGAAGGCCUAGGCGUAUUAUUUUACAGAUUGGUAAAUUUGUGAAAAGCUGAUUUACUUUUUACAUACACUAGACAUUGUGCAUUCAAUAAUUGUCUUUUCGCCUUGUGUUCCUGCUAUAUUGAAAACAAACUAAUUGUUUUUUUCA